CAGAGGAUUACUGCUCUAAACAUGCAACCUGAGACAUACACUUGAUAAUGUUAUGUGUUUUAGAGCACACACUGGGAAAGCUGUCUUCCACUUUGUCUGAUCCAACUCUGUCAGUCAUGGUUGCAGUCGGCAGGGAUGCAGCUUUACCUUGGGUGUCACAAUGGGACACAGUCAACUGUCAAUUUGACAAAGGCACAGCAGUCAGAGAGCAGGUUUAAUCCAAACCUGUUGAAGUCAGUUGAGAAAUCUUUUGAAGCUGCAGGACGCUGGUUUAAGAGAAGUUAAUAAUGGCUGAUAAUCAUGGCAACCACUUCAAUGCUCCAAUGGUGACAAAGGCACACUGGAAGAAACCCAGCCAUACUCCAGAUUUAUUUGCAAUGAUUGAAAAGAUACAGGGCAAAAGGAUGGAUGAGCAGAGGUGCACCUUUCCUCCCCCACUCAAGACAGAGGAGGACUACAUUCCAUACCCAAGUGUCCAUGAGGUGUUGGGCAGAAAAAGCCCCUUUCCUCUCAUCCUCCUCCCGCAGUUUGGGGGUUACUGGAUCGAGGGGACUAACCAUGAGAUGAGUGACACAGUGGAAACAGAACAGCCGCAGCCUCAGUCUCCGAACACCCGCACCAAGCUGGAAUGUAACACAACAGCUACGAUCUUCCGGAAACACUUCCUGGGAAAGGAACACUUUAAUUACUAUUCAGUGGACAGCGCCCUUGGACAUCUGGUGUUCUCUCUAAAGUAUGAUGUUAUUGGUGACCAGGAACAUCUCCGUCUGAUGCUCAGGACCAAGCUGAAAACCUACCAUGAUGUGAUCCCCAUUUCCUGUCUGACAGAGUUUCCCAAUGUGGUCCAAAUGGCCAAGCUCGUCUGUGAAGAGGUCAAUGUGGACCGCUUUUUUCCUGUCCUUUAUCCAAAAGCUUCAAGACUUAUUGUCACUUUCGAUGAACAUGUGAUAAGCAACAAUUUCAAGUUUGGGGUCAUUUAUCAAAAGUUUGGACAGACUUCAGAGGAAGAGCUGUUUGGCAACAGUGAAGAGAGUCCUGCCUUUGUAGAAUUCCUGGAGUUUCUAGGAGAGAAAAUUGAGCUGCACAACUUUAAAGGUUUCCGCGGAGGGUUAGACGUGACUCACGGGCAGACUGGCGCGGAAUCUGUCUACUGCAACUACCGUAACAAAGAGGUCAUGUUCCACGUGUCCACAAAGCUGCCUUACACAGAUGGGGACACCCAGCAGUUGCAGAGAAAGAGGCACAUAGGAAACGACAUUGUGGCCAUCUUAUUCCAAGAGGAAAACACUCCCUUUGUACCAGACAUGAUCGCCUCCAACUUUCUCCAUGCCUACAUUGUGGUCCAAGUAGUCAACCCCUGCUCUGACAAUGUUCUCUACAAGGUGUCAGUGACAGCACGGGAUGAUGUACCUUUCUUUGGCCCGGCACUCCCAAACCCUGCUGUCUUUAAAAAAAGCCCUGAAUUUCAUGAAUUCCUUUUUAUGAAGCUCAUCAAUGCAGAGUAUGCCUGCUGCAAAGCCGAGAAAUUUUCCAAAUUAGAGGAACGAACGAGGUCGGCCUUGUUAGAGACCCUUUAUGAGGAGCUCCAUGUGAACAGUCAGGCCAUGAUGGGUGUCGGAGGAGACGACGACAAACUGGAAAAUGGCAGUGCAGGAGGAGGGGGCUUCUUUGAGUCCUUCAAGCGGGUGAUCCGCAGCAGGAGCCAGUCUAUGGAUGCCACGGGUCUUACUUUCAAGAAGCCGCACACAUUCUCCACUAGCUUCAACAGCAGCUUUAACCACGAGCCCGCAGAGAGCCCCAAAUACCCAGGGAUAUCAUUGCUUGUCCCAGGCAAAAGUCCCAGUAAAUAUGGACGUCGAGGCAGUGCCAUAGGGAUAGGAACAGUAGAAGAGUCUUUGAUUGUCCCAGGGAAAAGCCCAACCAGGAAAAAGUCUGGUCCUUUCAGCUCCAGGCGAAGCAGUGCCAUCGGUAUUGAAAACAUCCAAGAAGUCCAUGAGAAGAGUCAAGAAAGCUCCCCAAAUACCCAGAAGACCCCUGACAGCGGUCACGUCUCUCAAGACCCCAAAUCUGACAACUCGUCCAAUCAGAGCUCCCCCGAGGCUCUUACAACCACCAAGAACAGUUCUUAUCUCGGUGGCAGGGCCCCAUCCAUCCCCGAGGGUCAUGACCUCUCCCGCUCCUCCUCCAACGCUAGUAGCUUCGCCAGUGUGGUGGAGGAGAACGAGACAGAGGCCACAGAGGACUAUGACACAGGCAUGGAGAGUCUGUCGUCUGCCGGGACGCCACACAAGCGAGACUCCUUCACCUACAACACCUGGCUAGAGGACAACAUCAGCAGCACCUGUACCAGCAGUCAUGGUAGCACCCCAGGGCCUGGAAAACCUGAACGAGGGAAGGGGACGGAUGUCCGUAUCAAACUGGAACGACCACACGACCAUCAGUCCUCAUCAAACUGUUAACUCCACCCAUCUGGUUGUAUCCUGGAUCUCCAUCUUCAGUAUUCCCAUAAGUCACAAUCCCACUGGGAGGUGAGACAAGUUCAGGCACUCGCCAUGACCAAUGAUGAGGAGGACGAAGAUGAGGAAGAUGAGGAAGACUAGAAAAAGCAGGUGGAGCCUGGCCAGUCUGCUGCAGAGUGAGGGCCAGAGUGCCCAGAAGUCCAGAAACCUGGAGGACACCGGGGAGGAUGACGCACAAAAGGGUCCAGCUUUUGCACAGUGUUGUUUCCUUCCACUCUUUUCUUUGCCUGUUCUGUUGCCUACAUGUAGUUGUAGGUUUUUCUUUCCCACACCUUUUGUUUCUAAAGCGCACAUUUUCUAUCUACAAAUUCCACGGUUUUAUUUGUAAAAGAUAUCACUGUGGUUUAGUUUGUCUUGUUGAAGCCCAGGUUUGCUGGCCAUACAGGGUAAAGACAGUGCCAUUGAGCUGUUUGUAGAGAUUCUGAGAAGGACUUUCGCUGAAACAUAGAGAAGAUAAUUGCCUGGAUGGUUUCACCAAAUCAACAAAGUUUUUGGCUCAAUAAAGAUCUCUAAUGUAUACAUAAUAUACAAUAUUCCACAUCAAAGUUGGGUAUAUUCUAACAGAACAUCUAAUGGGAUAUAGAAUUGUUCUUUUGCAUGCUGUUAACUGUGAUUAUUUUCUGGGUAAAAUAGGAAAAAUAGGACUGUAUAGCUGCAGCAAAACAAUUGUACUCUUUCCUUUACGACCCAAAUCUCCACAAGAUUAGAUUUCAAACUUGACACCACAGCUCACAGUGAGGAGAGCAAUGCAUCAUCGAUAACAUGGCCUUAUAACUUAAACAUGCAAUUUCUUUGUCACUCAGAUUUAUUUUACCUCACUUGUUUGACUCGCGUAUUCUGCAGCCAAUAAUGGGAUUGCACUAUGAGAUUAACUGUAAAACUAAUAUAUAUAUUCAGAAUUUUUCAUUUUUCCACCAGUUUCUUUAAAAAUGGUGUUGCAAUGCAGUUCUAUUUCAGCACUGUCUGUAUAGGUAAUAUAGCUAAUGAAUGGAUAUUUCCAUAAAUGACUGAUCUAUCUGCUUUGUCCGUCUUGUUUGUUGGCGAAGAGACCAGUCUCUUCAUUAUGUUCACCAUUUUUUCUCUGUAAUAUAUGUCUUUAUUUAUUGAUUUGGUUCCUGUUGAAGUGGCAUACAUCUGUUAUACUGUGCCUCUAUGGUGACUACAUUCAGCAUCCUGCCAUAUGCUUAUACUGUACGUGUUGCUUUGGAGUAAAUUAUAAUGUUGUCAUCUGUAAAGCUCGGUCUAUUUCAAGGGCCACAUAUCUCUCAGAGCAGUCUAUUUGCAAUGCAAUUGUAAUAAAACAGUGAAUAUUUAUUUGCUUUUAAUGUGAGAAAAUAACUCUAAAUACAACUACUGAUUUUGUAAAUACCUAUUAAGUUGGAGGACAGUGUAUAAUGUAUAGGCCAUUGAUUUAAAAUGGGAUUGACCAAUACCUUAAAAUUACUGCCUAGUUGACAAUUUAUUGUUUUAUUUCUUGUACUUUUACUUUUAAAUAUUAUUUUAAGAGAGUUUUGUAGGAGAGACAUAUUUUAAAAGCUAUUCAGACUAUACUGUAAAAGGGAAAUCUCACAGUACAUCCUGCUGAUCAUUUCAGUUGCCUUAUCAUCACAAACUGAUAGUGUAAGUACAUAUAGUGAAGCAAAUAGUUAACAGCCAGCAGGAUUUACAAUGAAAUGGAUGUUUUGUUGUUGUUAUUUUUAUUGUAAAUAAAUGCCCUGAGAACUUUA